GUUUUCUACGACAGAUUGAUUUCAUGUGCGACAACGCCAAUUCCCAAAUUCAUCAACAUCGUAGCAACCAGGCGACCGGGACUAUCCAGUACUUCUCGAAAACUGCCAUUCGAUCAACGAUAUUUUUCGAAACCUUUUUUUGUUUUUGCAAACGCAACCCAACGGUCUUGCUCACGAACGACGAAAGAAUACCCUCGACAUUCAUCAAACCGAGCAGACUGAACGACCGACUUGACUUCUCGCCAUCUCUCUCCUUCUGACAACGGACUAUCGCAUUCAGAGUUCUCUUAGCCUACCCAGCACACAACCUAUCAAACAUCCCCCAUACGCAGCCUCGCCAUCGCAGCGAGAUAAAAAAAACAAGUCGACAAAAUGGCCAACUUUCUCGCCUCCAUCUUCGGCACCGAGCAAGACAAAGUCAACUGCUCGUUCUAUUACAAGAUCGGCGCCUGCCGCCACGGCGACCGGUGCUCCCGCAAACACGUCAAACCCAGUUACUCGCAAACGAUCCUGAUGCCGAACCUGUACCACAACCCCGCCUUCGACCCCAAGAACCGGAUGAACGCAUCGCAGCUGCAGAACCACUUCGACGCCUUCUACGAGGACAUCUGGUGCGAGAUGUGCAAGUACGGCGAGCUGGAGGAGCUGGUGGUGUGCGACAACAACAACGACCACCUGAUCGGCAACGUGUACGCGCGGUUCAAGUACGAGGACUCAGCCCAAAAAGCGUGCGACGAUCUGAACUCUCGCUGGUACGCUGCGAGGCCGAUUUAUUGCGAACUCAGCCCCGUGACGGAUUUCCGCGAGGCCUGCUGCCGUUUGAACUCUGGCGAGGGUUGUGUCCGUGGAGGGUUUUGUAAUUUUAUACACCGUAAGAACCCCAGCCCGGAGCUGGACAGGGAGCUCGAGCUCAGCACCAAGAAGUGGCUCAAGAUGAGACCGCGGAGCCGCAGCCCGACGCGCUCGCCCAGCCCGGAACCGACUAGGAGACGGUAUUAGGAGUUGCGGUGUUUCAUGCUGGACAGAGUUGACGGUGGAGGAGGGACGGCGAUGCGAAACAGACAUGGGGAUAUUGUAGUUUUUUUCCUCCACGAAUCAGAGAGACGAGAAGAGGAGACAGGGGUCGGUUCUGGCUUAGUGACCGGAAGUCAACGUCAAGAGGCAGGUUG